GCACUGCUGAAGCUUACUCAUUCAAAUGGCAGGCAAAGAAAAGGACACAAGAUUUAUUAAUAACAAGCAGGCCUGUGAGCCUUGCAGAUCAUUUGGUCAAAAAUGCAGUCAUUUGGUUAAGAAGCAGCGAGCCAAAUUCUACAUCCUCCGACGUUGCAUUGCUAUGCUUGUUUGCGGCCGUGAGCGUGGCGACCCUUAGGAGAACCCCCCCCCCCCAACCAACGGCCAUCUUAAUUGCUUUCAUCCCUCUCCUAGUUGUAUAGUAGUUAAGAAAGUACUUUUCACUUGAUAUAUAUAUAUAUAUAUAUAUAUGUUAUAUAGUAGUAUUAUUUUUAGCUAUUACUGCUAAUUUCAAGUAUAAGAAAAUUUAAUAAAAUUCUAGAUCUGUUUA